CCGUUCUCCGUGGAUGCAGCGGUGUCUAUGAGCGGAUUUUAGAAUCUUUAGUGUUUCGACAAUAAAGUGCAACAGAUGAGUGACAAGGUGCCCGGACUUAGCCAAGUUUAUCGGCGCUGUGCGCCAGCCGGCUUUGGCAUGGGUGGGCGUAGAAUAAUCAAAGCUGCGGCCUUCCUGAUAGCUUUAGGAUACAGCAGUUUGCUUGUUUAUCAGGGCGGUGUGAAUUUUAACUUCCAAGAAAGUCGGUCAGUGCAAGUGGCUGAUUUAUCUAUUGAACCUGUGACAAAAACCACUAUUUUGGACAGUGGUCAAAAUAAAAAUAUAACUUUGGAUGAUAUUUUUAUAAGUGUUAAAACGACAAAACACUACCAAAAUACAAGAUUGCCGAUAUUAUUGAAGACAUGGUUCCAGUUGGCAAAGGAGCAGACAUGGUUCUUCACAGACAUAGACAACCAACUUCUACAAAAUCAAACAAACGGUCACAUGGUAAACACGAAGUGUUCGGCGUCGCAUCAGCGAAAACACCUCUGUUGCAAAAUGUCCGUCGAAUAUGACCGUUUUCUGGAAAGCGGUAAAAAGUGGUUCUGUCAUUUUGAUGAUGACAACUACGUGAACAUUCCUCGAUUGGUCAGCGUACUACAGACAUAUAAUCAUCACGAAGAUUGGUAUCUCGGUAGAACGUCUGUGUAUGAACCUGUAAAAAUAUACAAGAAGCCUACUAGUAAGUUAUUAUUUUCAUUUUGGUUUGCGACCGGCGGAGCUGGUUUUUGUAUCAGCAGAAGUUUAGCUUUAAAGAUGUUGCCAGUGGCAAGUGGGGGAAGAUUCAUCAGCAUCUGCGAAGGUAUUCGAUUGCCAGAUGAUGUGUCCAUGGGAUUUAUUAUAGAACAUCUCAUGAAGAAAAAUUUAACUCGAGUGUCAGAGUUCCAUUCUCACUUGGAGCAAAUGAAACUUUUGAUGCCGGAAACUUUCCGGGAUCAAAUAUCAUUCAGUUACUCAAAGUCAAAGAACGGUUGGAACGUCAUAAACGUUCCAGGUUUCGACGCAAGAUAUGAUCCCACUAGAUUUCUUUCGCUGCAUUGUUAUCUCUUUCCGCAUUUCAAAUUUUGUCCUAGGUAAUACCAAACCAAGAACAUAGAUAUAUAUUUAUAAUAGAAUUUUAUCUACAUCGUACAUUUUAUUUUAACAUUCCUAUACAUAGUUUAAAUAUUUACAAAACGAUUUUCGUAUAUAUUACGGUGCAAUAACCAUUAUUUCAAAAUUCAUAUAAUAUAAUAAACGAAUGAAAUGUUAUCUGUUGUGAAUAUUAUCUAGAUUGUGAUAUUAAUUUAACAAUCUUAAAAUUAAAUAAUAAUAUUGUAAAAAUUAUAAUUUGGUUAUUAAAUGUGAAAAUAUAUAAUGUUUAAUAUUUAAGUAUUCUUGUCAUCAGUGGAGCUAUUCUGGAAGUCGAAAGUCGUAACUUAUCUUGAGACACUAUCGUUAAAUGUCAAAAGAUGAUAUGGGACAUUGACAAUUAUUUAAUUUAAAGUAUACAAAUAAAGUAUCACAUUAAGUUGGUUAUCAACAUUUCAAGAGAAACGAAGCGAGUUCUUACAGAAUAGCUUUGACGUGUGUUCUAUAGAAGCACAAGCUUGAUCAUUAUCACGAUUUAUUUUACCGAGCUAAGUGUUCAAAUGGGACACGUGUUUUAAAACGAAAGAUUGAGGCAUAUAUCUG